AUGGGAUCAACCAGAUAUGUCACUCGCUACAUCGCCCUCGGACGCGUCACUCGCGUCGUCUUCGCGGGCAACAUCGCCGCCUUCGGCGACGCCUCAAUCGCCGUCAUCAACCACGUCGCCUUCGUCUGCGGCGACCACCACCACAUCGUCGUCAGAGGCAAAGGUUCUGACCAGCGCGUCCACUUAGUCCUCCACCCACCGCGCCAGAUCACCCCGGACGGCCUGCGGUACGGGGGCAAUGGUGGCGUCGAAGUCGAAGUCGGGGAAGGGGCGUGGGCCCCGUUUGUCAUUGGCCCAAAGGCCAUACAGGGCACGGGCGACGGGUUACGGGCGCGCCCCGUUCGGGCGCACGCCCAGGGGCACGCGGGCGUGGGCGCUGGCGGCCACGGCGCGGCACGACACCGGCCAGGGAUGGGCUCAGGGGCGCAACCCGCCCAGUGCCGAGCGAGGUUGCUGGUGACGGGGGAGGCCGCCCAGGAGGGCGCAACUGUGGUGGCAGGCGCCGGGCGCCGAGACUGCGUGGGGGCAUGGCACAGUGGCAGGGCCACCGCGGGGAGGAAGCGGGGUGAACGCAGGGCACCGCAGCGGGGGUCACGGGCAUGGCGAGCGCGGCCCCGGAGCGAGGCAGGGCGCGGGAGCGGCGUCGUAGCACGCGACGAGCGGCAACGGUGCGAGGCGGCGGCGAGGCCACGGCUAGGUAGCGCGGCCGCAGAUGCGAUGCGGGGCGACGGCGCAGGGCAGAGAGGGGAAGAUGGGGCUCACGGCGCGGUGCAGGGAUCGGGGCAAUGGUGCUCGUGGUGGGGGACGGGGACGACGGCGUCGACGUAG